AUGCUCCGGUUCCGCCGUGUGCUCAGGCCGCUCGGGGUCAGACCUGGCGCUCGGGCCUCCGCCCUGCUCCACGCGGGCGCCGAGAUGCCGAAGAAAGCCGGUGCGACGAGCAAGGGCAAAAGCCAGAGCAAGGAGCCAGAGAAACCACUUUCUCCCCUAGGCCCCGUGGCAGUGGAUGCCAAAGGCUGUGUCACCAUAGCCAUCCAUGCCAAACCGGGUUCUAAGCAGAAUGCCGUGACAGAUGUGACGGCUGAAGCUGUCAGCGUGGCCAUCGCAGCGCCUCCCUCGGAGGGAGAGGCCAACGCCGAGCUCUGCCGCUACCUUUCCAAGGUCCUGGGGCUCAGGAAGAGCGAUGUGGUUUUAGAUAAGCUCUGCUGUUCCAGUCCUCCACAAUCGGAGGGGUCGCUGGAGGGCGUUUCAGGUAUUCCUGGUAUUCUUUGUCGUCUUCUGUGA